GUCAAGGGUAGACUCACUCAGCCAUGAGUGUUUACUUGGUGUUCUCCAACCAAAACAUGGGAAAAAACAGGAGAGAGUUCAUUUUUCUCUGGAUAAUUCUCAUUUUCUUCUCAUCUAAAACCUCAGGUCUAACAUGCAGGAGGAGGUGUGGAAGUACAUUGGAGGAAUGCUCCUGCCAGGAAACCUGUUUGUCUUUGAAAAACUGCUGCUCAGACUACAACCAGUCCUGCUUCAAUGUGUCCCCCUACUCCAGCUCCAUGCUGGGUGGAAGAGCUCUCAGGAUCCUUGGUCUGACUCUUCCCUCUGAUGGGCAUCUUCUCUGCAGGUUCAAAGGUGACAUUGAACAGCGGGGGGUUAUUGAUGAAGAGGGCCGACCCUACUGUAUUUCCCCUCUGCUGCUUGAGACGGGUUGGAUCUCCAUUGAUGUCUCGACAGAUGGUACAAAUUUUGACAGAUCAGGAGAGUAUCUGUCCGGUUGUUCAGUGUUGCAGUGGGCAUCGUGGCUGCCUUGCAGCAAGAAGGUUCCAGUGUAUCCCAGCAAAGCAGAUCCUUCAUUUAAAGUCACCCUUGUGAAUUCAACACUGUGGCAGAACUAUGGCACUCCAAACAUGGCAGGACAGCUGAGGAUGACCUGGAACAGCUCUUUAGUUGGAUCAGAGAAGAUCGACGUGGAGCUGUGGGGUUACAGAGAGGUCAGCAGGACCGUGGCGGGGUUGUCCGCUCCGCAGGCAGAGAUAAGAUACCUGUACUCUCUGGGUCGGAACAUUCCCAACACGGGUGACUUCAGCUUCCUCCCUGAACCCAGAGAAGAGUUUUCUUUGUGGGAGUUGGGGAAUAUUCGCAUCACUGCAAGUUCUAAAUCAGAGGGAGAAAGGAAUCUGCAGGCUUUGUGGAGUGAAGGUCAUGUUUUGGCCUGGCACCUGUCGCAGGCCUUCAGAGAUGAUUCGUCCCGUUGGGCACAAAAGAAAUGUUUGCAGUGGGACAAUCUAGAGAAGAAGCUGCCUAACUUCCUGGAUGAGCUCAUCCCCUGUCCGUGCACACUGGCUCAGGCUCGAGCAGACACGGGGAGAUUUCAUACUGAUUACAGCUGUAACAUUGAGACGGGCAGUGUGUGUACUUACCACCCUGGUAGUGUCCACUGUGUCAGAGCCAUUCAGGCCAGCUCAAAUCAUGGAUCGGGACAGCAGUGUUGCUAUGACCACAGCGGUGCUCUGGUCCUGACGGGCGACUCUGUGGGUGGCAGCACUCCAGACCGUGCUCAUAACUGGGGCUCACCCCCCUACAGGGAGCCCCCUCAGGUUCCUGGGUAUUCCCACUGGCUUUAUGAUGUGACGAGCUUCUGUUACUGCUGCCUGUGGAGCGACCUCUGCCACAUCUACCUAAACCAUCGACCCUCCAGUGGAUGUCGCAGAUACCAGCCACCAAGAGCAGGUGUUGUCUUUGGGAAUCUGCAUUUUAUAACAUUUGACGGCCUCAGCUACACCUUCAGUGGCAGAGGAGAGUAUUACCUGGUGUCUUCAGGACACAGAGAGCUGAGAGUUCAGGCUAGAACAACACAACUAAAACUGAAGAAUGGCACCUUAGUCAAUGCUACCAAGCUAUCAUCAGUGGCCAUGAAGGAGAACUCCUCGGAUGUCAUUGAGGUACGAGCAGCAGGCGACCAACUUCAGGUGCUGAGGAACCAGAAGAUCCUGCCUUUUACGGAUCAAUUAUGGAUGACUCUGCAAGGUGUCUUUGUAUUUGCUCCCUGUCCUCAGAAUGUGACAGUGACCUUCUCCUCUGGUGCUGCUGUGGAGGUCCGUCUCUACGAAGGAACUAUGAUAGCUACCGUGCUGCUCCCAGUAGAGUUUUCCAAUCACACCCUGGGUCUCCUUGGCCAGAUGAACUCUGAUCCAUCGGAUGACUUAAUGACCCAAUCUGGAAAGGUCGUAUCCUCAGCUAAUUCCACGCCAGAGGAAAUCUUUACAUUUGGGGCUGGAUGGAACAUAUCAAAGAUGUCUUCCCUUUUCACCUAUGACUCCCAGUACCUUUUGGAUUCAUACUUUUUUCCAUCGAGCCACGACACUGCUUUUGUUCCAGCCUUUCCUCUGCCUCUGAAACCUGAUGACCCCUUGGUAGCAGACAUGUUGUUGAUGUGUUUGGGAGAAGGGGCGCAGUUCUGUAUACAUGAUACCCUUAUCUCUGAGAGCCUGGCGGUGGGAAACGCCACACUACGGGCCCAUCAACAUCAUCAGGAUUUAAUGGAAGCCCUGGAGCCAGUGGUAUCAUGUGGCUGGCUUCCCACACCCAGGAACGGCAAGAAGAAUGGAACAAAUUACCUGCAGGGGGAAACCCUGGGCUUCACCUGCAAUGAAGGAUAUAUACUGUACAGGUCGACAGAGCGCACCUGUCUAGCGGAGGGGAAGUGGACAGGAAAGCAGCCGUACUGUAUUACAGAUGACAAACUGGGGUUUAUACUUGGGGCUUGUGGAUGCCUCUCAGCAGUAGUCACCAUGACAAUAACAAUAAAACUACACAACAGAAAACACACCAGAAAAGAUAAAGAGGAACCUCUGGAGAUGGUGGGCCAGGCACAGACCUGAGUAACCUUACAAACCCUCUUGGAUUGUGGAGGAUUGCUCUGAAAAGUUUGCUUUGAACGGAGCAUUUGGAAAUAUCUUCCCUUUAUUGUUUUAUUUCAUUUAGUUCUUUUGACCCAUAGAUGUUAUCAGAAAAUCCUCAGGCAUUAAGUUUCAGGCAUGCUGCUUGGCCUCAUGUUUACCCUCUUGUUUAGUCUGGUGGAACUCCAGGUUGUGGCAAAUUGUGCAUGGAGCUACAACUUAGGCAAUUGAAGUGAGGGAAGAAAAACAAGAGAAAAAACGUUCAUAUCACAGAUUUGCAUGACCAAACGUUUGAACUUGUUUAGAAAGAAAGUUGUAAAUGCUACACAGAUAUCAUCUUUACCAGCAACACUCCUUUCUUCCUGCUGGUUUAAAAUGGGAACAGAUGUUUUCAUGCUCACGUCAACUGCGAAGCGAACCUGAUCGUUUUUCGGGUGAAAAACUUUGAACUUGUACACAUGGUUUGUGUGGCCUCAUCUCCUUCAGUCAAACGAAGGGUUUUGCUGAGUGACUAUGACCAAAAAAAAAAAGAAAACCUCUCCAGUGUAACAUAAAGGUCAGCCUUUUGCCUCUUAUCAACACUUUGAUUGUGAAUCUUUGUUCUGUUUCAUAUUUUUAUAAAAAUCAUGAUUAAGUGAAAGUUUCUAUAAAUGUUUAAAAACACAGCAAGGUCAUAAAUAAUGCUGUGUUGCACUGUUUCUGACAUGUGGUAUGUACACUGUGUGUGGGUGCAAACUUGUGUUUAGAGCUCAUGCAGUGGGAUAAAGGAAUCAUCGCUCUACAGCCCUGCAGGCAUGCAUAGUCUGGUUCAGAAGCACACCCCAUCGGGCUGAGCAUCGUCUCACUUUACCCCUCUGUUCCAUCUUCUACUUUGAACUUAACCUCCUUUAUACAAAGCACUCAGGGCGGUCAAAGAAAACAGAGACGGGGUCCCUUAUGUCUGAUAUCUGGCAGUGAUGGGUGGGGGCUCAGCUUAGAGUUCAAGUCAAAUCUAAUUGAAAUAACCUGGCCUGCUGCACUUAGAGAACUUUGAAGUGUUAUGCUGUUUCUCCUCCAUGAACAUACUACUAUUGUCCUACUGUUGUAGUUUUUAACCUGUAAAGUGACCUUUAAAGUCCAAUUUCCUUUUUUUUCAGUGCAAUCAACAAUUAUUUAAGAUUUCCAGAGCACUUUACCAUUGAACUUGAGCUAUAGUUAAUCUGACAAUGCCCACCUGCAUGGCAGUUAAAUGUUGUAAUACAUCGGGUAAAAAAAAAAAAAAAAAAAAUUAAUCUUUCCGAUUCAUGAUUCACCACGGGUUUGUUGUUUUCUGGCCAGAGAAAAAUCAUGUAAUAUGUAGCCAACAUUUCGAAGUAGAAUGUUUUCAAGAUGACUUGGAUAAUACAUGUCGUGACAAACUCUAGGUACAGCAUUGGGACUUGCUCAACCGCAGAUACCGCACCAUGACGUCACAAACCGGUAGGUGGCGGUAGUGAUCUUUGACAAACAUGGAUGCCUCCAGUAAAGCACAUUCAAAUGAAAAUUACCCUUAAACAAAAACUCAUACUUAAAGUAAUUUCCGAAGUUUGAAUUCUGAAUAUGACCACACUGAUCUUAACUUUUACACAAUCUAUAAACGGAACAUUGUUUGACAAUUACAUCAGUCACUUGGCAUUAUUUAAAAACCAAUACUAGUGAAAAAAUGUUUAUGAAGAUAGGAGGUAAAUGCUGUGGAAAGGGAUUUUUCUAAGUUAUUUGUUCAGUUUGACAGGUGUGUUUUGAAGAGAUGUAAGAACAUGUUUUGAGCUGCAUAAUAUUUCUAUCCAAAGUGUAGUUUGCAUUAUCAUCUUCCCCUGUUCUGUGUUUCUGUUGAUUUCAAUCACCUGGUUUUUGUAUAUUUUAGUUCUGGUCCUCCUUUGUCAGAGGCCGUUUCUCAAUUCACAAUAACGCGAGUAUGGACUCAAUGUUAAAUGUUUAUCUUUCUGCUCCAGUCUUAUAACUCCAAUUAUGACAGUAUAUACAGUAGUAUAUCAAAGCAUUUUGUAAACUCCUGAAUA